AUGAUAACUGGCAGCUUAGUGGCGUUGGUCACGCCCAUGUUAGAAAAUGGUGACAUCGACUUUAACGCAUACCGCGCACUAAUUGAUUGGCAUAUUGAACAAGGCACAGACGCAAUUGUUGCCGUGGGUACCAGCGGCGAAUCGCCCACCGUCACGGUGGAUGAACAUUGCGAGCUGAUUAAAGUGGCGGUUGAGCACGCGCGUGGACGCAUUCCGAUUAUUGCUGGCGCAGGUGGCAACUCAACCCGCGAAGCCAUUGCAUUGAGCGAAUUUGCGCGUGCUGCGGGCGUUUACGCCACGCUGCAAGUCGUGCCUUACUACAACAAGCCCACGCAAGGGCGUAUGUACCAGCACUUUAAAGCGAUUGCGCUGGCGGUGGAUUGCCCCGUUAUUUUAUACAACGUCCCUGGCCGCACGGUUGCGGACUUGUCGAACGACACGAUUUUGCGUUUGGCGCAAAUCCCAAACAUUAUUGGCAUCAAAGACGCGUCAGGCGACGUGGCGCGUGGCAUUGCGCUAAUUAAAGACGCGCCGGCGGAUUUUGCGAUUUACAGCGGCGAUGACUCAACCGCCGCCGCGUUGAUUUUAAUGGGCGCACACGGCAACAUUUCGGUCACCGCCAACGUUGCCCCCAAAGCCAUGCACGAUUUAUGCCAAGCAGCUCUGGACAAAGACGUGGACGCGGUGCGCCGCCUCAACACGCCACUGUGCGACUUAAACAAAAACCUGUUUAUUGAAGCCAAUCCAAUUCCCGUCAAAUGGGCGCUGCACGCCAUGCAAAAAAUCACGCUGGGCACACGCCUGCCACUCACACCACUAUCAGAAACCGCGCAACCCGUCGUUCACCAAGCAAUGACCCGCGCCAACUUAAUCUAA